CAUAAUUCCUAUUAUUUGUAAUUAGAAAAGAAAUCCUUAAUCCUAAGAAAUUUACAAAAACAACAACAUAAAACUUGAUCCUUAUAUAUGUCUACUCCUUAACUAACAAAAAUAUAUGUUUAUGUUUUCUCUCACUCCAAACACUUCCUUCACUCCUUAUGUGUGUGUGCGUGUGUCUGGAAUUCUCAUUGCAGAUCUUGAACAAAGACAUUUAAACAAAAUGGAGAACGGCCUGCAUGUAGUGCCACAAACCAAUACAACACCCAUUAUUGUCAGUAGCAAUAGUAGUGAUUAUUUAAAUACACUUACGUCACCGCCUACCUAUUCUCGCCUGCCACCGGAUGGUCAUGAGUUUCCACCAAAUUUCUCGGAACCUUUAAUGAUGCCAACAGCAGCUGCAGCAGCCACAGCUAAUAUGAUGAAAACUACCAGCCUUUUGCAAAGUGUUACCACAACCACCCAAGCGCCCGGUUUGAAUAACAGUAAUACUAUUUAUACCGAAAAGUUAUAUGCAGCCUCGGCUGUAGGACAAACAAUGGUGGCUAGUACUAGGACUACUCACGUAACUAGUACCACAAACAAUGGUGUUACCCAAACAGUAGUGGAGGUGGAGAAACAGAAAUCUUCACCGAUUAUAAUAGAACAGGAAAUAGCCGCUCCCCCGCCUUUGCCCAAAAGCACACCACCACCCACAGUACCGCGCAAGGUUUAUCGACAGGAUUUGGUGGUUAAUGUGGAGGAUACACGAGGUUCGGGCGCUCCAACUCUCAUACAAGCUAACACACCCACCAAAUUGAUUAUAGACACUAGACACAGUCGUUCCACACAAAACCUAUCCAGUGGCAAUAGCAGUGGCAGUUCAACACCCACAGCCCAGAAAUUGGAAGCUCCUACGUACGACAGCAGUAGCAGCAGUGUUAAUGAUUACAAACGUUCCUUAAGUGCUCCGCGCCGUUCGAGCGAUUGGCGCAAAGAUGAGAAAAGUGAAAAGAGUGUACGUGAUAAAAUUGCCAUGUUUUCCAAUGAUGAAUCCUCCUCCUCUAAUGUGGAGUCAGUGGUUAAACCUUUAAGCUUUUCCCGCACAAAUAGCUCAAGGAAACCCUUAAAUUUAAGUACCGAAAACUUACUGGAUUCUUCCGCGACCACACGUUAUACAAAUGCUAGUAAUUUGCAUAAAACUCGUGCCAUGAGUGUGGAGAAUCUUAACGAAGUCUCACGUCAUUAUCAGCUGACUAAGCAGUUGCCCCAUCAACAGGGUUAUUCUGAUAACAUGCAUUCCUUGAACAACUUAACAGGAGAUUAUAAUCAUAAUUAUGCUUCUCUACCGAGAAGACAUGCUUCUACGCAGCACUUGGAUCGGCGCAUAAGUUUUUCGGGUCAACCGGCCUAUGUUCCAGAUGAGGCCUCACGUAAAGCAGCUAUCACCAAUAUUUUGGAACAGAGACGUCGUAGUUUGUCAAAGUUAAGAGGUUUAGUUAUACCCGAAAGACCUCAUAUUCCUAUCUCAACUUUGGAGCCUAUUUUGGAUUUACCCGAAAUCAAAAGUCGUGAUAGUGAUCAGGUGAAAACCUCGGGCAAUUCAUCGUCUACGGAUUCCACAGAUAGUGGUGUGGGUUCGUUUACUGGUUCCUUAACAGUGCCGCGACCAGCCAAACGAUCAGAAAUUAAUGUUGCUAACUCGUUGACGCUAAACUCGGCCCUAAGACCUUUGAAUAUCACCACACACAGUAAUACUAUGAACAUAGCAAAUAAUCGCAGCUAUCUCAGCCAAACACAAAAUCCUCGUCAAGUGCCUUUGGUGGCUCAAAGAAGGAUGGAUGCUUUAAAUACGGUGCCACCCGCUAAACCGCCACGUACUUCGUUGGCUGCCACGCCCACACGCCAGUUUUUGCAUGAAGAAAGUGAUUCGUGUGAUUCAGUGUUUUCCUCACGCAUAUCCUCCCCACCCAUGUCUCCCUGUGUACCCCAGGUAACGGAAAAAUUCGCCUUGACACGCACUCUCUCCUCGGAAACCAACACAUCCAUAGCCAGUUCCACCACUUCGACCUUGACUUCAGGUUCGGGUUCUCAAGCCAGUUGUUCUUCGGUGGGCAGUACUCCCACUGUAGAUCUAAGUCGUCGAGUUUUAAAGUCCGGCUCUAAUGACUCGGCCACCAAUCGUAAGAAUAUAUUGGCCUCGGCCAAAUGUCGCAAUGGACGCGGGGAUACUUCCGCCUUAAUGCGCAAUCGUGCCUAUGAUGAUGAGGACAGCACAGAUGGUUAUGAUGAGGAUGAGGUGAGAAGACACCAUAAAUCGAAACCACGUUCAUCUCUGGUAUCCAGUAGCAGUAGCUUAAUAACUUUACCCUCCAAGGCGGCCUCUCCCACAGCGCCCAUUAACUAUAAAUUGGUAACCAAGGCCGAUCAAAACCUAGUGGAUAAGGUCAUUAAUGUAGCGGCCUAUGUAGAGAUCACCUCCGAUACCGAUGACAGCAGUCGUCGUUCUGCCGACAGCAGUUCACCCCUUAAGCUCAGUGCCAUGUUUAUCGAUGAGGAACGCAAACAAAGCUUUAAGGCAGAUCCCACACAAAAGGCCAGCUCUCAACCGCGACCACAAAACAAAGUGCCCGCCAAGGUAGAGGCACCCAUAAGCUCACAACCUGUACAACUUGUAAGUCCCCAAAGAGCCGUAGAGGCACCUUCGCCCAAUAAAAAAUCAAGCGAAUCCAAUGAGCUAUCACAAUGGAUGCACGUGGAAGUGGCCAAAUCCAAGGUACUAAACAAAACCCCCGAGAGAUCGCUCAAACCGGUAAGAGAGAAAUUUGAGACUUCUUCACACUCUCACAGCAGCAGCAGCACAAAAACCACUUACACUAGUUUAUCCAGCAAGACUACGCCCAAAAUUAGCACAGCCGAGAUAAGAGAGAAGUUUGAACGUUCGGCUGCCUUAGCUAAUCACAGUAACAGUGUUUCUCCGGCUAUUUCCUCCUCCAGUCUACUUAAUGUCAAGUCACAAAUUAAGGGCAAUAAUUAUCAUGAAAGAUUCUCUUCAUUAGAUUCUAUAGCCUCCUCUUCAUCGGGUGUUAGCUCUACCACCCAGAAUGUUUCGUCGACCCAAGAGAAUACCACAGAGUUUGGUAGUUUCUCCUCGCUUGGUAGCAAUCAGAGUUUGAUUACUGCUCAAGACAUACAGCAAAUCAUAGAAGAAGCCGAUCCUCCACUAAAAACUCCCGAAGCCUUUAUCAUUGUCUUGCAAAGAGAUACACCAGAAUCAAGUAUAGGCAUUACCUUGGCAGGAGGAUCCGACUAUGAAGCCAAGGAAAUAACGAUUCACAAAAUCUUAGCCAAUACCCCUGCGGCUAAGGAUGGUCGCUUAAAGAAGGGUGAUCGCAUCUUGGCUGUCAAUGGCCUAAGUAUGCGCGGUUUAACCCACAGAGAAUCUAUAACGGUGCUUAAGACCCCCCGCCCUGAGGUGGUUUUAGUCGUAACCCGCUCCGAAUCGGUUGUGGUAAAACCACUUAGCAAAAAACGUUCCUCUUUGGGUUCUCUCUCCAGUCUCAAUGAGAAACCCUGUGAGAUCGAUUACGAAAAGAAACGCAGCUAUCAUAAGGCAUCACGCUCCUUAGAUCUUGAUCUAGAUGUAAUCUCUAGUGAAGAUCAAACAUGCGCUUCGAGUCCCUCUAAGGGUAGCUCGCCUGCCGCCACACCCUCUAGUAAUAGUUCGAGCAGCCGUAGUAGUCCACAGCCGACAACAGAAGCCGCUACCUUGGCCAGUAUUAGAGCUAGACGUCAGUUGUCUAGACCGGAUGUUAGUAAGAUUUCCACCAGUGAAUUGUUGGAGAGAGCACAAGAGACGCGCAAUGCUUUGCAAGCAGAAAUUAGAGCACAAGAAGAUUCUACUCCUAAUGGUGCCCGUUGUGUGGAAAUUGUCAAGGACAGCUGUGGUUUAGGUUUUUCCAUUGAGGGAGGAUUUGAUUCUCCUUUGGGUAAUAGACCUUUAAUUGUUAAGAAGGUAUUUAUGGGGGGAGCCGCCCAAAAAACUGGCCAAGUGCGUAAUGGUGAUGAGAUUUUAAGCAUAAAUGGUAGUUCAACAGCCAAAAUGACACGAGUCGAUGCUUGGAAUUAUAUGAAACAAUUACCUUUAGGUCCUGUUAAAAUAGUUUUUGCUUAAAAAACAUUUAUGUUUUUUUUAAUAAUUUAAAAGCUAAUUUUUUUUAUUAAUUUUAAGUUUUUUAUUAUAAUUAUUUAAAAAAUAAAAUUUUUAUUAUGA